AUGCGGUUUGGGGUGCACGAUACAGACGCAGGAACUGAGUCUAUGAGCUUGGCGGCCUUUUGCGGGUCACAGCCGCCACACAACACCGUUUUCUCGGGAUGCGCCAGGGGCCGGCUCCACGUCCGCUGGCUCCGGGGCGCAGCCUCCUCCUCCUCCUCAGCGGAACGAUUUUCUUUUUUAUUUCCAAAGUAUGGAGGAGCUCCAGGAGGACCAGCAUUCCCUGGACAAGCUCAGGAUCCUUUGUAUGGUUAUUUUGCUGCAGUAGGAGGGCAGGAUGGACAAAUAGAUGCUGAUGAGCUACAGAGAUGUCUCACCCAGUCAGGGAUUGCAGGAUCAUAUAAACCUUUCAACUUAGAGACUUGCAGACUUAUGAUCUCAAUGCUGGAUAGGGAUAUGUCUGGCACACUGGGAUUUAAUGAGUUUAAAGAACUCUGGGCUGUGGUCAAUGGCUGGAAGCAACACUUUGUAAGUUUUGACAGUGAUGGAAGUGGCACAGUGGAUCGUCAGGAACUGGAGAAAGCCUUGAUGACCAUGGGAUUUCGACUGAGCCCACAGGCUGUGACUGCCAUCACAAAGCGAUACAGCACUCAAGGGAAGAUUGCAUUUGAUGAUUACAUUGCCUGCUGUGUGAAACUCCGAGCUCUCACUGAAUGUUUUAGAAGAAGGGAUACAACUCAGCAGGGUUUCGUGAACUUCCACUAUGAUGACUUCAUACAGUGUGUUAUGAGCAUCUAAAUCAAAAGGAAGCAAGCUGUGGAUGAUCAUGAUUUAACAUUCCAGUUUUAUGAGCAUCUUAAUCAAAAGGAAGCAAGCUGUGGAUGAUCAUGAUUUAACAUUCCAGUGUUUUGCUUUGCCAAGUUCUCCAAUGAUUGUGUAUCUCAAUAUUGGAAACUGCAUAUUUUAUGAAGGCAUCCCUUUUCACACAUUUUUUAGUCUUGAUAAUGAAUAUGAACUACUCAUGUACUGUUGUCUUUAACUUCCAAUGUGUGAUUAUUAAAGCUGCUUUUAUUUUUAUAAACUUGCAAUUCACUAUGUAUAACUCAGAUCAUGCAAAUGGUAAGACUUUCAGGCAUGUGUCUACUU